AUGAUUGACUUCAAGGCCUUUCUCCUUCUCCCCAUCUUUCUUGGUGUCGUUGUUGCUGGGCCCGCAGUUCCAGUUCAAGCUCUUGCAGUCCGCCAGGACAACAAGCUCCCAAACUGCGAUGACAAGUCUCAAACCUACAACGGACGGUACGCCGACAACUCGGGCACCUACGUGACUUCAGACAAGAUCACCCAUCCGUACAAGUUUCCCCUGAUCCGCAAAUGUUGGUGGGAUUAUUAUGUCGUCGAAGCCGCUCCCGAACUCACCCCGUGGCAGAAGGCUACAGGCAACAUCUACUGUACCAACAGUGAGCGUUGUGUUGCAACCAAGAUGUCCGGAAAAUCGGUCUGCCAAGAACGAUCUGAAAGUGUUAGUGCUAGUGUUGGAGUCGCUAUUGAAGGCUUCAGCCUUGGGGUUGAUUUCACAGUGACAAAGUCAGAAUCACGCUGUGUUACAGCUGAUGACUCUACUGCUUGUUCGUGGAAUGACGGACAGUGUCAUACAAUUUGGACUCAGCAGCAGAUUUUGAGACAGAAGGGCUACCGGCGUCAACGUUGUGACUGGGGUAAAGGGGAUGAGACUCAGUGCAUGGGUGAUUGGGAGCAGACUACACCUUCGGACUUGAUUAACUAUGGUUGUGGCUCCAAGUGCACUGAUACCAAUGACUGUGGUCAUACUGACGGAACCCCAUGCCCUUGA